AUGACCGCGAGAUGUCGAGCUCAGUGCCUCAACAAGUUCGUCACCGACGCUCCCACAAAGGACUGCUCGGAUAGCUUCUCCUGUUGGUCGUGCUGGACGCUCUGCGACAAGCUCUACAGAGACGUCAACGUGAACGCGUGGAACCAAAUCUGCGAUAACGGAGCUCUUUGCACCGAAGGAUGCCAGGAAUCUUGCCGCUUCUACAACUCUCAUUCAGAGCUCAUCGAGGCAACGCGAACCGAUACCCAUUUCACUCAUCCUCUCAAGUACGAAGUCGACGAUCGGCACAAUGUGGUGCUCCUCAGCUGGACCUGUCCUGAGGGCAACGAUCGCAUCGAGCCCCUGGUCUACGUUCUCACCGGUUACGAUGGGUCUGCCGAGGAAAUUCUGGAUCAAACCUACUUCCACAACUUGACCAUCUCCAGGGACUUCCUCCGGCUCUUCUCUAACAUCCGCUUGACCGCUUACGACUCGAAUGGCAAAGUUGCCGAGAUGGAGAGAUCGUUGCACGAUUUCAAACUGGAGCAAUGGUCUCCAUCUCUGAACUCGUUGAAGUUCUCGCGGAAGUUCACCGUGAGAGAGGUCGACGCCUACAUCAGCUGGCCGAGAUUCACCGAUGAGGACAUCACCUACGAGGUCGAGUGGAAGCGGGUUGAGAACUCGUUUGAUAUCACCGGACAUCUCACCACCCAAAAGAACGCCGCCGUUGUUUCCUUGUGGCCCAACGCCCUGUAUCAGGUCAAGGUCCAGGCCAUCAGAGGAGACGUUCCGGAUGUUGUUGCUCAAAGUGAAACCAUAUUUUUCUACACGAAGCCGCAUGGGGAGGUCCCAGUCCCGCGAGCUAGGUGUAACGGUCGCUGUAUCGACGAGGAGUUCCUCGUAUACUGCGCGAUCGUUGUGGUAGCUCUGACUGGACUCUUCGGUUUGCUCUGCCUCACGUUCUGUAGGAAGUCCAGAUCGGGCGUCACUGCAAACGACAUCGAGAGCGGUUCGGUCAAAUAUCCGCCGAUCGGGAGACCGAACUUCGUGCGGCUCGUCGCGCCUCCGCCCCCUUACAAAAUGUUCCACAACGACGAUCGUUUUUCGUGGACUCCUUCCCCAUUAGGGAAAGAUAAAGAAAUUAUCCAGGCCUGA